AUGUCGACGACCGAUGCAUAUGUUACAACAGUAUCAACAAUCAUGGGUCAUAUUUCAUACUCCAUUAAUAUAUUUACAAUUAUUUUUGGUACGAUUGGUGGUACUUGUACUCUGAUAACAUAUACGGCUGCGCAAUUUCGUCGAAAUGCUUGCGUAUUUUAUCUAUUAUGUGCCAAUUCGUUUCAAAUGAUUUCUAUUAUUGUACCUGUUUCAAUUCGCGCGCUGGUUGGAUAUUUAGGAGAUAAUUUAGAACGGCAAUCACUUUUCUUCUGUAAGUUUUGUUAUUUUGCUAGCUUCACUUUACCUCACUUGGCUACAUUAUAUAUGUUACUAUCGAUUUUGGAUCGAUAUUUAGUUACUUCUAGUAAGGCGAAAUAUCGUGCCCGGACUAGGGAUGUAACAAUACCAUAUAGAGACACAUAA